AUGUCAGAUCGCAGACGCUCUGAUCGAGAUGAGCGUGAUGUGCGUCGCAGCGACAGGGAUGACUACCGCAGCGACCGAGAUCGCGACCGCGACGACUACCGCAGCGGCAGCCGCUCCGACAGAGACCGCGACCGCUACGUUUCAGACCGGGACCGCGAUCGCAGCAAGCGCUCGCGCGAGAGGGACGACGGCGCGCGCGGCAGCCGCCGCGACAUCGACGACCAGCGCGACGCCAAGCGCAGGCGCGACGACGACAUCAACGAUCGCGGCUCGCGGGGCUCGUCCUACGCCGACGCGCAGCACGCGCGUGCGAUGGGCGUGACGUCGGCCGGCGCCGACGACGACGGAAUGGAGGUGGUGCAGCCGACCGAGGAGGAGCUCGAGGAGGCGCGGCGCGUGGAGGCCCUCCUCCAGAACUCGUCGGGCGCCCACCACCGCGAGGCCAAGAUCGCCGGCAUCCGCCCGACCGAGAAGUUGUCGGCGAGGCCGGAGCCGGUGUCGAUCGAGGAGCUGGCCAAGCAGCGCGCCCAGGAGAGCGCCAAGCCCAAGUUCCUCUCCAAAGAAGAGAGGCAGCGAUUGGCGUUGGAGAGGCGCGCGGCGCAGGUGAAGGAGAAGCAGGAAAAGACGGCCGAGAUCCGCGAAUCGCGCCAGCAGUUCUUCCACCAGGCCGACGACGCCCCGCCCGCCAAGCCCGACCUCAUCGACGACCGACGCGGCGGGGGCGGGCGUGACCGCGAUCGUGACCGCGAGCGCGACCGUGACCGUGACCGUGAUCGCAGCGAUCGCGAUCGUGACCGCGAGCGCGACCACUGGCGCGACCGCCGCAACGACGACCUCGAGAAGAACCGCGUCGGCGGCGGCGGCGGCGGCAGCGACCGCGGGCGCGAGAGAGCGGACCGCGAUGACCGCGGCGGCCGCGGGCGCGACGAGGCGGGCGACCGCCCGGACCGCGAGCGCGACCGCAGGCGCGAGGAGCUCGAAAAGAAGGAGAACCUCACCCGCGAGGAAUCCCAAGAACUCUCCGAAAUCAAGGCGCACUACCUGGGGCUGAAGAAGGAGAAGCGGAAGGUGGUGAAGCCGAGCGAGAAGUUCAAGUUCGUGUUCGCGUGGGACCUGUCGGAGGACACGUCGCGCGACCACAAUCCGCUCUACAACCAGCGCCUCGACGUGCGGCCCUCGUUCGGCCGCGGCUUCCUGGCCGGCAUCGACCAGAAGCAGCAGCUCAAGGCCUUUGAGGCCGACAAGGACCACUCGCGCGUGGCCCGCGUCGAGCGCCGCCUGGACGAGUCCUACCUCGGGCGGGGCGACACGGGCCGGCACUGGUCGCAGAAGGCCCUGGGCGAGAUGACCCAGCGCGACUGGCGCAUCUUCAAGGAGGACCACAGCAUCUCGACCAAGGGCGGCCGCGUGCCGGUGCCCAUGCGCAACUGGGGCGAGUCCAAGCUCCCCACCGUGCUCCUCGAUGCGAUUGAGAGUGCGGGGUACAAGCAGCCGAUGCCGAUCCAGAUGCAGUCGAUCCCGAUCGGUCUGCAGGGCCGCGAUCUGAUCGGUCUGGCCGAGACGGGCUCCGGCAAGACCUGCGCCUUCGUCCUCCCCAUGCUCGUCUACAUCUCCAAGCUGCCCCCCAUGACCGCCGAAAACGCCGCGGACGGGCCGUACGCGCUGAUCAUGGCGCCGACGCGGGAGCUGGCGCUGCAGAUCGAGCAGGAGGCGGCCAAGUUCGCCAGCGCGAUGGGCUUCCGCACGGUGGCGGUGGUGGGCGGCCAGUCGAUCGAGGAGCAGGGCUUCUCGCUGCGCCGCGGUGCCGAGAUUCUCAUCGCCACGCCCGGCCGGCUGGUCGACUGCCUCGAGCAGCGCUACGUGGUGCUCAACCAGUGCAACUACGUCGUGCUCGAUGAGGCCGAUCGGAUGGUGGACAUGGGCUUCGAGGUGCAGGUCACCACCAUCCUCGACGCCAUGCCCUCGUCCAACCUCAAGUCCGAAGACGAGACCACGGCCGAGGAGCAGAUGGCCGCACUCCAAGAGGAGAAGCCCGACCACGUGUACAGAACGACGGUCAUGUUUUCGGCCACGAUGCCGGUCGCCGUCGAACGCCUCGCCAGAAAGUAUCUGCGGCAUCCGGCGGUGAUCCAGAUCGGCGAGGUGGGCAAGGCCGGCGAGAAGAUCGAGCAGCGCGUCGAGUUCGUGAAGGGCGACAACGACAAGAAGAACAAGCUCCUCAACCUCCUCUACUCGGGCAUCGCGCCGCCCAUCAUGGUCUUCGUCAACCAGAAGAAGAACUGCGACAUCCUCUCGCGCGCCAUCAACAAAGCCGGCUUCCGUUCGGCGACGCUGCACAGUGGCAAGAGCCAGGAACUGCGUGAGGAGGCCAUGGACGGCUUCAAGGCCGGCACCAUCGACAUCCUGGUGUCGACGGACGUGGCGGGUCGUGGUAUCGACGUGAAGGGCGUGACGCACGUGAUCAACUACGACAUGGCCAAGUCGAUCGCCGACUACACGCACAGGAUCGGCCGUACGGGCCGCGCGGGCAUGAAGGGCGUGGCCGUCUCCUUCAUCACCAACGACGACGCGGACCUGUUCUACGACCUCAAGCAGAUGCUCCAGGCCUCGGGCAACCCGGUGCCCAACGAGCUGGCCCACCACCCGGCGGCCAAGAUCAAGCCGGGCGCCGCCGGGACGCAGGGCAAGACCCGACGAGAGACCGUCAUCUACGCCCCCUAG